AUACCUCCAUAUGAAUUCAAGCAUGAUGGGAAACAUGUGCAUGAGGCCAAGAAAAUACACGAAUGUGAUGGAACCUGUCCAAGCGAUUUAGGCAAACAUGUUAUUGAAGAGAAUAAAAAACAAAACUUUCAUUAUUGCGACGUUAAAUGCCCAAAUUGCGCUUAUUAUUGUACAUUACCUUAUGAUCACGGAAGAGAACAUAAUAGUGAACAUGGACAUCGAUUAAAUGUCGGCGAUAGAGGCGAUUUUGUACUUUGCCAUAAACUUUGUGAAAAUAUAGGUCGUCAUCGUCAUAUAGAUUAUUGUAAAGAUCCGGCUGUUUGCAGAAGUCUUGUUGAUGGAAGAAAAGAAGGGAUCUUGGAUCACAUAAAAG